CCACAAGCUGUAUUAUCAUUAUCCCUAUCCAUGUAGCCCGUGAUGGUGCGAGGAGCGGCGACGCGACCGACGCGAGCGACGCGGCCAGUGCGGCGGUCGAGGACAGAGGUCUGGCACCGUGACCGCAGGGACCGCGGGGACGACAGCCGCGCGAGGGAGUGGCGAGACUCCCGAGACAGUCGAAGCCCAGGCGGCGUGGUCUUGCGGGCGCGGUCGCAGUCUCGGUCGCGCUCACCCCCGAGGCGGCCUCCGUCUUGGCCUCGCAGGGAAUCUCAGCGACCUCCCAAAGACAUGGAGGGGCAGAGGGUGAGACGAGGUGCAAGCCGGGAAUCGCGAAAGGUCCGACGCAACGCACGUCGUCUCGACGCGACCUCUCCAGGGGCGGCUCCGGCUCGGGGGACUCCGGGGACUCCGGGGGCUCCAGGCGCCAGGAGCCGGAGCCCAAGCGCGGAUUCCCGAAAUUCGGAGAGGCCUCCUGGGACAUGGGAGAGCGCAUCUCAAUCUGACAAGGACCGUGCGCGGAGAUCUGGCCACUACAUGAAUUUGGCUGCCCAGGCGAUGGGUCUUAUGCACCCAAACUACAUGGCCAUGAUGCAGAUGGGGAUGAUGCCUCACAUGAUGCACAUGAGAUCCGCCAUGCCUGGCAUGAUGCAGUGGCCAAGCUCCCGAUCCCGACGCCCAGGCGCUUCCAGCAGCGGCAGCUAUUCCAGCAGCGAGUCCAGCGAGCGUGCGCCAGGCGCAUUGUGGCCGAUGCCCAUGGUGCAGAAGCCUGGGCCUGUGGAGGAGUUUUUGAAGGUGGACAUAGACGAGGAGGUGGCUGACCGGCUUCGAGCCAUGCCGCCGCAUCUGCAGCAGGAGGUCAUGCGCCGUGGGCCUUUGGAUGCCAGGAGUCCAACGUCCUCCUUGCUGAGUCGUAUGAAGCAGGCUAUUGAAGCUGAUCGCGCAGGUCAGUUGCGAGGCCGGACCUGCACCACGUGCCGUCCCGCGUCACGCCUUGAGGUGUCCCUGGGCCAGCGAGCUCAGAGAGCGAGCUCAGAGCGAACACGUCCAGUGGUCAGUACAAGUUUCCCGAGGAUGCGGCCAGUGAAGCAGUCGGCCAAAGCCGCAAUUGAGGCCGCGCAUGCACGGUGCCCUUUCGAUUCAGUUUGAGCAAUAUUCCGAUUCCAACACACCAUAGUUCGCCUGUUUCACCUCGCAUGUCUACACGAUAUGCCACGCUUGCCAGGCCUCUGUUUUUGCUUUGCCAAUCUGCAAGUUGCGCCCGAACUCAGGCGCUGAUCAAUGACUUUGAUCUCAGCCCCGGCUGCGCUUGGAUGUUGCGGUCUUUGCCUCCGGACAAGCAGAAACUGGCUGCCAAGAUUGAUCCAACUGGCCAGGCAGAUGCAUCAGGGUACGUUGCGGAGGAGCUCAAGCAGAUCGUGUGACAUCGUGUGACCCAUUUGACUCUGGACGUGCGUGAAAGUUGCGAUUCAGUGACGGGCUUCGCGCCAACCACUUCCGCACUAUGCCCGCAACCUUGACGU